AUGAGACCGUCUACUGUGCUUCUUGGGGGUCUCCUCGGCCCUCUGUUCAGCUUCACCCGAGCGGCUCCCAUCGAUCAAUUCCCUGGCAACUAUCAAUCCAGUCCACCUCCCCUGGGACCAAGCGACUGGGAGCAUAAUCCACUGUCUGUCUUUUUCAAGGUCCUCAACACUCAGCCCGACCCGGAUUAUGAUAUGCUCAAGGAGCUCGUCACGUACGACUGCACCUAUGUCUCCCUCACCUUCGACAACCCAAUCCUGCAUGGCGUUAUGCCGUGGGCGGGUACCCACACCAACGUUGGUCCGCAGGCCUUCAUUGACAUCUUCACCCGCGUGGGGUUGUACUGGGAACGCGGCCCGUUCUCCAUCGACUAUAUCUUCGGCGAUGGGGGCAAUGUGACAGCUUGGGGGUCGUUUACAGCCACGUCGCGCACGCUGGGGAAGACAGUCAUCUCGCCCUGGGCGGCUCGAGCUCGGGUCAAUAAUGAGAAUCGGAUCUUUUACUUUCAGUGGAUGGAAGAUACCUUUACGACGGCUUCUUCGUUCUGGUCGGAUAACAGCACCAAAGAAUAUGUGUCGAAUCCGCAGGGUGGGACAACAAUCGCAUAA